AGCGCGCCUACCACAGACCCGCCCCCUCACCAUGUGGUGGGAGGAGCUUCUGUGUGUGUGACUGGAGGGAGCAGAGACCUGACAGCGGGAUCUGCAGAUUUUCGGAUGCAGCGGUCGGUGGUGGUCGUAGGGGGCGGGAUCAGCGGGUUGAGCGCCUGCUAUCACCUGGUUAGAGAUGGCGGGGUGUCUAAGGUGACAUUACUGGAGGGCGGCGGCCGGCUGGGUGGGUGGAUGCGCUCCACACGGACUGAGGAUGGCGCUGUGUUUGAGCACGGCCCCCGCGGUAUGCGCCCCGCAGGACUGGUGGGGAAGAACACGCUGUGCAUGAUCUCAGAGCUGGGAUUAGAAGGAGAUCUCCUCCCCGUACCGAGGAGUCACCCGGCCGCCAAAAACCGCUACCUUUAUGUCAACAAAUCCCUGCACAAGAUGCCAUCGAGCCUAGGGGGCGUCCUGCGUACCAUCCCCCCAUUCACAAGACCUCUGUUCUUAUGUGGACUCCGGGAUUUGACAGCUCCACGCGGAACAACGGAAGACGAGAGCGUCCAUGAUUUCUUCUCACGCCGGUUUGGAAAAGAGCUGGCCGACAUUGUCAUUGACAGCCUGUGCCGGGGGGUGUUCGCCGGUGACAGCCGCCAGCUGAGCGUGCGCUCCUGCUUCCCCUUCUUGUAUGAAGCAGAACGUAAUAAGAGAUCUGUGGUCCUGGGCAUGGUCAGCGGUGGAGAUAAGACUCCUCAUCCGGAUUCACCGCUGAUCCAGAGGUCCAAGAAGGAGAAGUGGAGCCAGUGGUCCCUGCGUGGGGGUAUGCAGACCCUCUCGGAUGCCCUGGAGGAGUACAUCAGGGGGAGAGGAGUGGAGAUACACAAGGACACCCCGGUGGAGGCACUGGAGAGGAGAACGGGCAAUGGCUGGCAGAUCAAGCUUCCUGAUGGCAGCGUGGCAGCAGAUCACAUGAUCAGCGCGGUUCCAGCAGCAGUAAUGAGUAGACUGCUGAACCCCAUAGCAGAGUCCAUGGCGAGUACCCUGCGAGAGAUGAGCGCCGCCAACGUGGCCGUUGUCAACCUGGAGUAUGACGGAGAAGUGCUGCCUGUAUCAGGUUUCGGACACCUUAUCCCCUCCUUUGAGGACUCCGCCAUGUUGGGCAUUGUAUACGAUUCUCUCGCCUUCCCAGAACACAACAGGCGAGGCGCCAGCUCCACCAGACUGACGGUGAUGCUCGGGGGUGCCUGGUUUGAGAAAAGUUUGGGUGACCCCAAUGCUGUUUCAAAGGAAAAGCUGCUGAGCCUGGCGUCCGCGGCUGCUGCCAAUCAACUGGGGGUAAAGGAGAAACCGUGCCGUGCCAUUGUGAACCUGAACCAGGGCUGCAUACCUCAGUACACGCUGGGACACUGGAAGAGAAUCGACCACCUCUUCUCCUACAUCCGUCAGCACUCUCUGCCCCUCAGUCUCAUCGGCGCCUCCUAUGAGGGUGUAUCGGUCAACGACUGCAUCUAUAACGCCAAGAAAUCCGUCCAGCGCCUGGUGGGACAUUAGCAGAGUACAGAGUACCUCCAGCCUUAACUACAACUCCCACAAGCCACAGACCGUUAGGAGGCACCUCGCCACAAAACCUGUUUGUAAGGGACAACAACUAUUUCACAAUUUAUCUUUCAUUAAAAUAGUGCGUUGCAAUCCA